UUGACAGCUACGUAUAACAGAACCCCGUGUGUGGUUACUGUUGAUCGGAAGUUCGAUAUGGCGACUAGUUGAGUUUGUUCUAGCCUGAUAGGGCCUUCGGGGCUUUAACCGCUAAGCGUUUUAAAGUACGAUGGCGAAGUGGGAUUCUAAAAACUUAGAAAUUCGUAGCAAAUCUGUGGAGCAAACUCUGGUGCCCCUUGUGACUCAGAUAACUACGCUUGUUAACCACAAAGACCAUGGUCGGCGAUCGGAGAGAGCUUUGAAGGCGAUUCAUGAGAUUGGACGAGUUGUAGCAAUUGCUGUCGAUCGCUUUGUUAGUGUUGGCGAACAGAUCGCAUCAGAAAAUGAAGACGUUGCUGAAGAAAUGCGUACAGCAUGCGAAGAAGCCAAGAAAUCUGGACAAACAAUCUUUAAUCUGACAAGUUUUACGGGCGAUUCUAUUAACGGAGAUGGCGUACCGAAUGGAACAGAUAAAACUAGUAUGGUUCGUGCAGCACGAUCAUUAUUAUCUGCUGUAACAAGAGUAUUAAUAAUUGCAGAUUCUGUUGUUGUGAAGAGACUGCUGGCAGCAGUUAAAAAGGUUGAUGACAGGCUUAAACAGCUGGAAACUGUGAACACUUUUACAGAUUUUGUGCAGGCAUUUAGUCAGUUUGGAUCUGAUAUGGUUGAACUUGCUCACUUGUCAGGUGACAGACAAAAUGAUUUAAAAGAUGAUACUUUGAAAGCUGAAAUGGGAGCUGCCCGGUCUAUUUUGGAGAAGUCCACAAUGAUGCUGUUGACAACAUCUAAGACGUGUCUGAGGCAUCCAGACUCCAGAUCUGCCAAAGGCAACAGAGAAGGUGUUUUCAAGAAGAUGAGAGAAGCCAUGGCAACAAUCACGUCAGUGGUCCAAGAUGAACCUAAGGAGGAAGAAGGCGAAAAAGGAUGUUUGGCAAUGGAUUUAGGACAUUUUGAAGCUUGCCUAGAAGCAUACAAACAAAGCUCACCAGAUGACAGUGAAUCCAAGAUACAAUUUCAAAGGGCAUUUGCAGAUAUCCUUGGCGAUGUGCAGUCCGUUAUUGACUCUCCUCAUACAAGGAAAGAGAAGAGAGAGAAAAUUGUGGCCUUGUGUGAAAAUGCGCAGGAUAUCAUGAAAGACAUCUUAGAAAGACAAAAGAACAACAAGAAUGAAGAUGCAACUGGUAUCGACACAUUAGAUAUGGCAUUGCAAAGGAUUUGCAAAACUUCAAAAGAUCUUAGACAUGAGGUCCAUCAAGUUGCUACAGAUCAAGUGUUUGAAACAUUUUCACAUUUGGGUCAUAAAAAGUCUUUACCUGCCUUGAGGAAUGCAGCUGCAUCUGGCAGUUCAGCUCAGCUGGAGAGUCUAGCUAAUGUUUUCACACAAGAUGCAAAACGACUGCAAGAGGUAUCCAGGGUUACAAGAAAUAUGGCGUCCAAUAAACCCAUGGCUAUCACAGCGAAGAAAGUAGAAGAAAAUAUUGAUACGCUUUGUCCCCAGAUGUUGUGGCAGAAGAAGAAAGUCAGGGGCUAAGGAAAACAAGUGAAUCUCGUGUAGAGCAACUGCUGCAAAAGUCGUCCAGUAGAAGAAGUAGCAGUGCUUCAGUUGAAGAAAAUGAGGAACCUGAGAAAGCAGUGGUUGAUUCACAGGAACAAGAGAAGCUUGGCAAACUUAUUACUAAUGUUAACCUAAUGACAUCACAACUUGAGCUGCACUACUUUGAAGACACAGAUAACGAAAUAGUCAUUAGAGCAAGAGAGAUGUCAGAGAUGGUCAGUGAAAUGUAUCUCUUUACAAGGGGAGAGGGAUCUCUUAAAACCACAGAGGAUCUAUUUGAAGCUUCCCAAAAUUUUGCAGAUGCAGGCAAGGCACUUCACAGAGUUGCAAGAAAAUAUGCCUCAAAGGCAGAAGAAAACCCAAUGAAAAAAGAGUUGUUAAGAUAUGUGGAUAAAAUCCCUGCCUAUUGUCAUCAACUCUUGUUCACAAGCAGAUCUCUAGCAGUUGGGCAGUCAGCUUGCUGUAGAAAGGUGUGGGGAGUAAUGCAUUUAACAAAGAACGUAAUAAAAAUUGUGGCAAGAGUUGUCAACAGCUGUUACCUGUUAGCUGAAAGGAAUUCUCCUCUCAAAUUACCCCCAGACCAAAGAUUAUGGCAGAUAGAUGAGAGUAUUUUCUCAGAGGAGUCUUCAAUAGGAACAAUAUCAAGACGUUCUUCACUACAGAGCCUUGAGAACAAUGAAAGUGAGCUAAGAACAACUGUGGAGGAUUCAAAUGGAGUUGUGAUGAAGACAGAACUGUAAUGUUAAAGCCAGGAGGAUGAUGCUCAAUAAUUAAACUCGUAUUGUCCAAUGAGAAAUAGCUCAUCAGACAACUAUCUUGUUGCCAUGAAAACAGAUCACGUGCUUAGCAACAUCUUCAAUGCAACAAGGAGACAGAGUGUUAGAUCACAUACAAAAUAUUCCCUCAACAGAAGACAGUUUUUGUUCUUCCCAAAUGAGCCUCAUUUUUUAAGGGGACUUCCCAGAACAGAAGUGUAACAUUUUGUUCUUUUUGAGUAAAUAUGUAUGGCACAUACAUAGGAUGCCCUUUCAGCGAUGUCCAAUGCAUCCCAACUCAAAAGUAAAAACAAAAAUGACCAUCAAGGCAAAUAUUUGAAGUAACAGGAUUUUUCCCCUUGCAAUAUUUUAAUAAGAUAAUUUGGUUUUACCAAGUGAAAUAAUAAGGUAAAUUGGCCACCCUAAAGAGUUACUACAGCUGACAUUUCAAGCACUGGCCCUGCAUCAGAGCAAAAGACUAACACUUGCUUUGACAAAGGGGUAGCACUCAGAAUGUCUACUUUUGAAAGUCUCUAUGGUGGCCAAUCUACAUUAUCAACUCAGUGGAUAAAACCAAAUUAUUUUGUAAUACACCCCACCGCCACAGCACCUCAGUUUCUCUGGAGACUUACCCCCUUAAAAUAUUUUUAAUAAGUAAAGCUUAGUAUAUUGAGCUUUUGGAGUACAAUACUGAGAAAUAUGUUUAUAAAUUAUCAUCCAUUAGGUUUGUAUUUACUUUCAUCUUCAAUAUCAUUUAUUUACCUCUUCACUUAAUACCUUAUUUUUAUCCAUUACGGUACAGUUAAUUUCCUGCUUCAGUUGGUAUUAGUAAGUCUUCUCUUUCUCCUGUUGGUCUCAAAUUCAAUUUAGUCAAAACCCAGAUGAACUUGUUAAAAUUCAAUUUGGUUUUGUCAUCUGAGUUGAUAAUGUGAAUUGGCUGCUGUAAAGAGUUUCUAACGCUGAUGCUUGAAAGUCAGUUUCAGAGACUCUUUGUGGUGGCCAAUUUACAUCAUCAACUUGGUUGAUAAAACUAAUUUGAAUUAUUAUACCUCCUGAUAAUGCAGCACCACAGGUUUUUUAAUAAACUUACCCCUUUUGAACAUGUUAAAGUUGGGUUUAAAUAUUUCAGUAAUGUACUUACAUUUUCAUCACAAGAGAAAUUCUAUACAGUGGCCAAUUUUAUUUCCAACUCAGCUGAUAAACCAAUUUAAAUUGUUAUACCCCCUGAUAACCCAGCACCACAGUUUCUUAAGAAACUUACCCCCUUUGAACAUGUUGAAGUUGGGUUUAUACAUUUCAAUUUUGUACGUUACAUUUUCAUCUCUGAAGAACGGUUCAGGACAACUUUGUUGCAAUUCACUUAAUGAGUAAAACAUCUUUUUCAUAAGAGUUUGUUUUGAAAAAAUAAUAAGUUCAAAUGCAAUUAAGUUUGAAGUUAUGAUCAAAGUGAGCUAGGAGAGGUUUGCAAGGGGUCUGGCUUUAUUAAUGAUCACUGCUAAACCACUUGCAGGCCUCUCACAGACUUACUUUGCCCAAGACCUUAAACUUACUUGCAGGCGAAGUACUUGUGCUGCAGCACUGAUAGCAAGGGCAUGCUCAUGAGCUAGAAAUUUAAUGUCAGUUGUAACAUUUUGCAUAUGAGUAUGAAGGGACAUUGUAACAUUGUUGGUGUUAUUGUAUGCAGUUGUAACAUGAUUGUCGAUCAGUGUUACUGUUCUCAGGAAGUUAACCCCCAGUUUGAAAAAAAAAAAAUUCCUGAGCAGUGUGUUGAGUAUUUGUGGCAUGAAAUAAAUUUAUCAACAUUUGCAAA